UUAUUAUUUAGUUAUGUUGUUGCUUGGUUACAUUUGAUGCCUCCGCACGUGGGAAGCUACCGGUUUGAAAGACGCGGCUUCACUUGCUUUUCUGCACCAAGAUGGCAAGAAUCAGACGAAUGGAGAAAGCUGUUUGCUGGAGCGACGACAGAUACUGGGCAACUUGGGACAAGUGGGGAGAGGUGAUUGACUGGGGAGAUGAGAAAGAGCUGUGCUCCCCAGCAGAAUCACCUUCUGACCAGGCUGACAGUUCCACUGAGUCACAUUCCCGAAGGCGAAUUGCCAAGGCAGUUAGCUGGACGGAUGAUGCUUAUUGGGCAGCCUGGGACAAGUGGGAAGAGAUCAUCUGCUGGGGUGAUGAAGAGGAGUGCUCCCAAGUAACUCCACCCACUAGCCAGCUUGGGAGGGAUAAGGGGAUAGAUGUACAUGGGUUGGAGGCUUUUGUGAUAAAUAACAGGACAAUCUCCAUAAAGCCUGUAGACAACCAUCAAGACAGUCUGAAGAUAGGAGCUGUGCUGGUAGACCUCUGCCAGUUUGAUCUCGAAUAUUUAGAUCAAAGUAAAUUUAAUUUCGAAAUUGUACAAGUACAAAUUGGAGAAGUUGAAGUGGAGGAGACUAGAGAAAAGUCUUUUGAAAAAGCAUUUGAACUGGAAAUUGUGGAUGUGGCAGUAGAAGUUGUAAACAGUGAAUUCCAGCUGAAUGCUAUAAAUUUGGAUAUUGUUGAAACUAAGGUGGACAAAUUAUUAUUGGAAGAACUGAUCGUUGGCGAUUUAGAAGCAGGCAAUGUGAAGGUGUCAGUAUCAAAUGGCAAUGUGGUGAAGGUACCCUUAAGGUACCCUUCACCACAGAGGAACAGAAGGACCAGGCAACCUUAGACCAUACUCUCUGGUGGUUGACUCGUGGCAACUGGACUUGUCUCUGAAAGUUAGAAACGUUUCGCUGCUCAUCCAAGCAGCUUCUUCAGCCUGAGGGAGGUAGUAAGU